GGCUCUCGGAGCGGGAAGGACCCGGACUGCCACGUGGGGCUGGGGGCAGACAGCCCGCUCCAGUCUCCGGGCCCCGGGCGUUAAAGGGGCCUGGGGCGGGCGCGGCGCGCCGGGAGAGGCCGAGCCGGGAAGCCGGUUGGUGCGUCAGCCUCACGCGUGGGGAAGGAAGCGGGCCUCAGGCCCCGGACUGCCAGCGCGGGGUCCCCGGCACGUCCGCAGGCUGCACCGGGAGGUGGCGGCUUCUGAGAGGCGGGAGAGCCGAGGGCGGGCCUGGGAGGCGGCCGGGAGGUGGGGCGCGGCCGGGGGCAGGCCCGCGCGGGCUUCAUCUGCGGACUCACGGCCUGCUCCCGAUCGCUGGGGAUUCCGAGGCGCGGCGCGACGACCGGCCGGAGCGGCUAUGGACCACCGCUGGGGCUUCCUGAUCGGCUUCCUGGGCGCCGUGGGGCUGCUGGGCUCGGGCCACGGCGGGCAGCAGCCCCCGGAGACGGCAGCGCAGAGGUGCUUCUGCCAGGUUAGUGGUUACUUGGAUGAUUGUACCUGUGAUGUUGAAACCAUUGAUAAAUUUAAUAACUACAGGCUUUUCCCAAGACUUCAAAAACUCCUGGAAAGCGACUACUUUAGAUAUUACAAGGUAAACCUGAAAAGGCCAUGUCCUUUCUGGAAUGAGAUCAGCCAGUGUGGAAGAAGGGAUUGUGCUGUCAAGCUUUGUCAAUCGGAUGAAGUUCCUGAUGGAAUUAAAUCUGCAAGCUACAAGUAUUCUGAAGAAGCCAAUAAUCUCAUUGAAGAAUGUGAGCAAGCCGAACGACUUGGAGCUGUGGAUGAAUCUCUAAGUGAAGAAACACAGAAGGCUGUUCUUCAGUGGACCAAGCAUGAUGAUUCCUCAGACAACUUCUGUGAAGCUGAUGACAUACAGUCUCCUGAUGCUGAAUAUGUCGAUUUGCUCCUUAAUCCUGAGCGCUACACGGGUUACAAGGGACCAGAUGCUUGGAAGAUAUGGAAUGUCAUCUAUGAAGAAAACUGUUUUAAGCCACAGACAAUUAAAAGACCUUUAAAUCCUUUGGCUUCUGGUCACGUUCUGGAGGCUGGGAAGUCCAUGAUCAAGGUGCCAGCAGAUCUGGUUCAUGAGAACACUUUUUACAGUUGGCUAGAAGGCCUCUGUGUAGAAAAAAGAGCAUUCUACAGACUUAUUUCUGGCCUCCAUGCAAGCAUUAAUGUGCAUUUGAGUGCACGGUAUCUUCUGCAAGAUACCUGGUUGGAAAAAAUAUGGGGACAUAACAUUACAGAAUUUCAGCAGCGAUUUGAUGGAAUUUUAACUGAAGGAGAAGGUCCACGAAGGCUUAAGAACUUGUAUUUUCUCUACUUAAUAGAAUUAAGGGCUUUAUCUAAAGUGGUACCAUUCUUUGAGCGCCAGGAUUUUCAACUCUUCACUGGAAAUAAAGUUCAAGAUGCAGAAAACAAAAUGUUACUUCUGGAAAUACUUCAUGAAAUCAAGUCAUUUCCUUUGCAUUUUGAUGAGAAUUCAUAUUUUGCUGGGGACAAAAAAGAAGCAAACAAACUAAAGGAGGACUUUCGACUGCAUUUUAGAAAUAUUUCAAGAAUCAUGGAUUGUGUUGGUUGUUUGAAAUGUCGACUGUGGGGAAAGCUUCAGACUCAGGGUUUGGGUACUGCUCUGAAGAUCUUGUUUUCUGAGAAACUUAUUGCAAAUAUGCCAGAAAGUGGGCCCAGUUAUGAAUUCCAUCUAACCAGACAAGAAAUAGUAUCAUUAUUUAAUGCAUUUGGAAGAAUUUCAACAAGUGUGAAAGAAUUAGAAAACUUCAGGAACUUGUUACAAAAUAUUCAUUAAAGAAAACAAGUUGAAAUGUGCCUGUUUUUGGACAACGGAGGCCAAAGAAUGGAAUUUCGUUCAAAGGCAUUAAUAGCAAUGACAGUCUUAAGCCAAACAUUUUAUAUAAAGCUGCUUUUGUAAAAGGGAAUUAUAUUGUUUUAAGUAAACAAUUUUUAAAAUUGUGUUAAGUCUAUGUAUAAUAUUAUUGUGAGUAAAACUUUGAUAAUGUGGUACAACUUUUAAAGUUUAAUAUUAAGUAAAAUCAGGAUUAUCAAAUUCAUAUAUGGUAACCCUAAGUAAAUGAUGUUUUAAUAAUUUUGUGUAAGAAGAUGUAAUAUAAAUAAAACUAUGGCCAAUGUGACAAGCAUUUAUAGGAAAAUGCUAAGCAGGCUCAUGAUGACCCAUUAUUAACAGCCUAAAAUUUUUCAACAUUUAGGGUGACCAGAUUUAGUAAAUAAAAAUACAGAAUGCCUAGUUAAACUUGAAUUUCAGAUAAACAACAAAUAGUUCUUUAAUACAAGUAUGUUCCAUGCAAUAUUUGGGACAAACUUAUACCAAAAAAUUAUUCCUCCUUUAAAAUUCAAAUUUAACUGGGAGUCCUGUGUUUUAUCUGGCAGCCCUACAAUACAUUGGUAUGAAACAAAUCAGUUUUAGAAUUAUAUUGCUAUUUUGCUUGGCUUAUUUUGGUGUGUAGAAAGAUACAAUGAUAACUCAAAGGCAUAGGGGAUUUCUAAACAGUGUGAAAAGUUGAAUAGAUUUAUAUAUUUAUUCUCAUAAUACUUUCCCUAAUGCUGAAUAAAAUUUUGGGGAAACUUUUUAUUUUUAUAAAUUUCAAAUUACAGAAAUGUUUCCAGGAUAGUACAAAGAACUCUUUUACCAGAUUCCUUAAUUGUUCAUACUUGCUUUAUCUCUCAUGCUCUCUCUGUAUGCAUACACACGUAUACUAUUUUCCUCAAUCAUUUGAAAGUCAGUUACAGGCAUUGUGCCCUUUGAACCAUGAACACUUCAGCGUGAAUAAUUUUUUAAUGAUUUUUUUCAGGAAAAAAAAUCUGGAACUAUAUAAUACUAUAAGCCUUAGAAUCAGGAAUCAUUUUGAGUUCCAAUCUAAAAUUCUUUUCGAGUUUUGUUACCCUUUUAAUGCUCGAUCUGUAUAAUCAUAAGGCAUAUAAUUUUUGGGUUUUGUACAUGAUGUUCAUUUCUUUUUUCUCCCGAAAACUAAACUGUAAUUUUUAGUGGUUUUCAUUAAGGAAAGACCUUCAGUGAUAAAAAUAUAUAAAGGGGUUUAGGAAUUUAUAUCACAUGGUAAUUGUAGGGAAAAAAGAAACUGUAUACCUCAAAGUUAUGGGCCCUCUCUGUAUGUUUUAGCAGGUAUAUCAUGUUGAGAUGUAACAUUAUUAAUAAAGCAGGGUUUAUUUAUAAAAUGGCUUAGAAAUGCCACUUUAUACUACUGUAUACAUUUUCUUCUCUAUGUCCGUAAGGCCUGGUACAGUGUCAAACACAUAGUAGGUGUCCAGUAAAUAUUCGUCGAAUGAAUGUAUGAAAAUGUAGUCAGUAUAUUUAAAUUAAUAAUCACAGAACUAAGUUUCACAAUAUGUGUCCUCUUUUCCUUUUCCGCCUCGUUUGACUAGGGCAGGAGAAGAAAGAUACUAUCCUACUAUAAAGUCAUUAUUCUUGGAGACUCAAAGGACUAUGAAGUGAGCGCCAAAUAUAAAACUAUAAGGACAUUUGUAGUACUCUGAAAAUAUGGUAGAUGGGUUUAAAUGGUUAUUUCGCCUGUAUACCUCUCUAACUCUCAUCUUAUGUCCCUGCCCUUUUUUUUUUUUUUUUUUCUUAAACAGGUAAUCUUUUUGAAAGAAUAUUCCUAUCUUCACUUUGUCACCCUCCACUUGCUCCUUAACUGAAAUUUGGCUUUUGGCUCAGUAGUUCUUAACAAUAUUGUCCUUUGAAGUCUAAAAUCCCAAUUCUAAAUCCAUGGUUUCGUUCACAAGCCAUUUCUUACUUGACCUUUUUUUCUGCGGUUGACACUGUUGAUAGCCCCUUCUUUAAAAAGCUUUUUUCCCCUGGGUUACUGGGGUAACCCAGUAAAGAUACUGGGGUAUCUUUACCCCAGACUUCUCAGUCCACCUGCCUUCUACACAUCUUCAAUUGGUCGUCCCAUAGACACCUGUAUGUGUCUUAAAAAGUUAUUCUCCCCCAAACCCACUCUUAUGCCUGUGUUUCUUCCUUUGGUUAAUUUUAGAACCAUCAUCAUCUAAAUUCUCUAGGCUCACUUCUCUCCUCCACUUCUCCCCUUUCCAGCCGAUGUCUAAUCUCUAAGGAUUUUAUCUCCAUGUUUCUGAUAUAUCACUGUCUUUCCAUUUUCACUGCUCUUCCCUAAAUAUGAACCUUUCUCCUUGUCCCAAGCCUGUGUCCUUUCUCCUUUCUUUCCCCCCACAAUGCUACCCAAGUGGGCUUUCUAGAAGCACUCUAACAACGUUACUCCUUGCUUAACACACCUCAGCGAUUUCAUGAGGCUUUAGGAGGAAGUCAAACCCCUUUCCUUGGUGUACAAGCUUCGCUGAUAUGGGUCUUUCUGCUCCCCCGACCCCAUGUUCUCCUAAAAAACACACAGUUCUUCAGAUGCAGCAUAGUCAGGCCUCCACACCUUGGUACCUGCUAUUCUCUUUCUAUCAAGUGCCCUAGCCAUCCUUCCCCACCUGGAAAAUUUCUGUGUAUCCUUGCAGGCCCAGCAUAAAGCAACACCUCUGUGAAACUGCCCUUGUUCCAUCCAAGGAGGAUCAUCGAACUUCCUCUUUUGUGUCAUCACUGUAAUUACAACCUACCUCUAUUGUGUCACUUAUUGUACUGUAUUGUUUUUGUUUUUUAAAGUCUCCUUUACUAGAAUGUGAGCUCCUUAAGGGCAGGAAAAGGAACUUGAUCCAUUUCUGCAUCUCCAUAGCAUAGUUUUUGGCAUAUGAACACUUAAUAAAUGUUUGCUGAAUAAAUUGCUUUCAAAGUGACAACUUCAUUAUGUUAAUGGUCAUACCUUCACUCCAAAUAUUCUUUACAGUAAGAGUUAGUAGAUGCCCAAUGAUUUGUGGAUUUUAGGGGGGGGGUCAA